UAGAUGAAGUUACUUGAUCUAUUUUGAAGUCACAUGACUUAUAAACACAAAUUUAGAAAGUUAUAUGAUUAAAUGCAAUGAUUAAUAUAUAACUAAGAUAUUCUUUAAAAAUAAGAAUUUAAAAGUUGAAGAAGUUACAGGAACUAUUUUCAAAGCACUUGACAUGUAAUUACAAACUAUGAAAGUUAUUGCCUUCGGUUACAUCACAUUAAAGCUUAUUGUAAAAAAAAACAUUAAAGCUAUAAUAAGUUUAAAAAAGUAAAAUUUUACCUUCAUCCAGGCUCGAACCCAGGUUAACUAGAGAAACAUGCAGUGUCAUUUUUCGCUAGACUGCCUUCAGAUCCAUAUUCUAUAGUUGUACGCGACAUAUAUUUAUUAAACAACCUUCAUUUUAUACGUAAUUUACCCUAAGUUCGAUAAAUUUUGUACGUGAUUUCAAAAUUCUGGGGGAGUCGGUGCCCCCCAAGGCCCACCUAGCUCCGCCCCUGAUUUUAUACAAUGUUUUAAUAUAAUAGUGUGUUAAAAAGGUUUGCAUUAGUUAUAAAAUAUUAUAAAUGUGUUAUGUGUGAAACAUCAAACAAACGUCAAAAGAAAUAUUAAAGCUCAACAGUAAUACUGAAAUGAAAGUUUUAGAAACCCAUAAUAAUGUGUACAUGUGUAUUCUACGGACAAAAUAAAACAAAGGGUAGUUUGGGAGUUACAAAAAAUUAUGAUGACAUAAUUGGACAAAAAAGGAAAGAGAAUAGCUUGUUGUUUGGAGAAUACAAGCCCCCCUCCCUGAGUAUCUGUCAAAAAACUAUUUUGUGGUCUUUGGAAAAUAAUAUGUGCAAAUGUUGCAUCCUUUUCCCCCCAAACCAAACUUGCUAUUUUUGACCAAAUAUCAUAUCAAAAUUACUUGAUCCAAACGACCUUAAGAACUUUCUCACUCAUGAUAGGACCGAUUUGUAAGUUUCUCGGGACUGAAAAUAUAUUCUCAGGAAUGACUCAAACACAUUUCUUCUUUGAUAGGAUGUUCGAUAUGCUCAAAGAAUUCCAUCGAGUUUCGUCAACCAAUAUUUGCGAAUCAAUUCACAACUUUUUUUUUUUUUUGUAAUGUUUGCUUCAGCUCUAUACAUGCGAGCUCGACUUGUCCACUCGUCUGAAGAUGAUAGAGGUGAAAUAUGGUGCAUUUCCCUCCAUUUAUACAUGUACUACACAACUGGGCUGUUCAUGAGGGUUGGUUAGAGCCCACCUCAAUUGACCCUGGGCCGUCCCGUUUGGUCCAAGUCCUGAUUUGUCUUGAUUCUGACUCACCCAGAAAGGUUUGUGGAACUUUCUGUUGGAUUGUGACGGCUAGGCCCACACCCUAAAAUCUUCUGGGCCGGCCCGAGAUGGAGUCCAUCUUUUUUCAUUUAAUUCGUGUUUAUGUCCACAUGGUCCAAUUUUACAUUCCUCCAUUCUUCUUUUUUAUCCAGCUUGGCAGCUUAGGCAUCCCCAAUAAACGACGUCGUUAUCUCUGCCUGAAAAACCCGAACGCUUUCUGAAACUGCAACUAAUUUCGAAGGAAAGCAGUCUGCGCGCUCUGUUCAGUUUCCAUGGCGGCGGCGGCGUUUUCUUCGUCUGCUCCCUCACCAACUUCUCCUUCAAGACUUACCACUGUUUUGUCUUCAUCUUUACCCUCCUUACUCUCACUUUCUAGAGAUUUCCACAAAGCUCAGUUGCAGGCCCAAUUUAAAUCGUCCCCGAGAAGAAAUCUCUGUGUCUGCGCGUCCUCCCUCCCUCCCAGCGAUUCCGUCGUCACUCUGCUCGAUUACGGAGCUGGCAAUGUCCGUAGCGUCAGAAACGCCAUUCGCCAUCUCGGUUUUCAGAUUAAAGAUGUGCAAACUCCAGCCGACAUUCUGAAUGCAGAACGGCUCAUCUUCCCUGGCGUGGGGGCAUUUGCACCAGCCAUGGAUGUGCUUAAUAAGACUGGAAUGGCUGAAGCUCUAUGUGCAUACAUUGAGAAGGACCGUCCAUUUCUAGGAAUCUGCCUUGGGCUUCAGUUACUUUUUGAGUCCAGCACAGAGAAUGGUCCAGUGACUGGUCUCGGCUUAAUCCCUGGUGUGGUUGGGAAGUUUGAUGCCUCAAAUGGGUUCAGAGUGCCCCACAUUGGUUGGGAUGCUUUGCAAACUGCUGAAGACUCUGAGAUUCUGGAUGAAAUUGGCAACCGCCAUGUGUAUUUUGUCCACUCUUACCGGGCACUGCCGUCAGAAGAAAAUAAAGAGUGGAUUUCCUCCACUUGUAAUUAUGGUGACACAUUUAUUUCAUCUGUCAGAAGGGGAAAUGUGCAUGCGGUUCAGUUCCAUCCAGAAAAGAGUGGAGAUGUUGGUCUUUCAGUAUUGAGAAGGUUCUUACUUCCAAAAUCAUUUCCGCCCAAGAAGCCAACUGACGGGAGGGCAUCAAAGCUUGCAAAAAGGGUAAUUGCUUGUCUUGACGUGAGGGCAAAUGACAAAGGAGACCUGGUUGUGACCAAAGGAGACCAGUAUGAUGUUCGGGAGAAUACAGAAGAGAAUGAGGUGAGAAACCUGGGCAAACCAGUAGAGCUAGCCGGGCAGUACUACCUAGAUGGGGCUGACGAGGUUAGUUUUUUGAACAUCACUGGCUUCCGUGACUUCCCUUUGGGCGAUUUGCCGAUGCUGCAGGUCUUGAGGAACACUUCGGAAAAUGUUUUUGUACCAUUGACUGUUGGAGGUGGCAUUAGAGAUUUUACCGAUUCAACCGGCAAGUACUACUCCAGCUUGGAAGUUGCUUCAGAAUAUUUCAGGUCUGGAGCUGAUAAGAUUUCCAUCGGAAGUGAUGCUGUUUAUGCUGCAGAGGAAUACUUAAUAACUAAAGUAAAGACAGGAAAGACCAGCAUUGAACAGAUUUCUAGAGUUUAUGGAAAUCAGGCUGUCGUUGUCAGCAUUGACCCUCGACGAGUGUACCUUAGUACUCCUACUGAUGUAGAGUUCAAGGCAAUAAAGUUAACAAGCCCAGGUCCAAAUGGAGAGGAAUACGCCUGGUAUCAGUGCACGGUUAGUGGUGGUCGAGAAGGCCGGCCAAUUGGAGCAUAUGAACUUGCCAAAGCAGUUGAAGAGCUUGGUGCAGGGGAAAUCCUUUUGAAUUGCAUCGAUUGCGAUGGUCAAGGAAAAGGUUUCGACAUAGACCUGAUAAAGUUGAUAUCCGAUGCUGUCAGUAUCCCUGUAAUCGCCAGUAGUGGUGCAGGUGCUGCUGAACACUUCUCAGAGGUGUUCAAGAAAACCAACGCGUCCGCUGCAUUAGCUGCUGGCAUCUUCCACAGGAAGGAGGUCCCCAUUGGGUCUGUGAAAGAACACCUGUGGAAAGAUGGCAUUGAAGUCAGGAUCUGAUAUUCAAGAACUGCUUGCACCCGUUGGAGAUUUUUCAAUGCUCUCCAGACCGGUUCGCAGGAUGGCUUGAGCAACAACAAUCUUUGUUUUCAACAUGACUUGGAACAAGACUCCGUCACUCUGGGUUGAGAAUAGUUAUUGGACAUAGCUGCUGAGUAGUUUGGCAUCGUGUUUGAGGAAUGACGGUUUCGUUUUCACUCAAGUACAUUCUUGACGUGCGUGAAGGGAACUGUUUGCCGCGUAAUUGCAGUUGAUACUCGAUAUGAAGAUUGGUAAAUUAAAAAGAGUUGCAAGU